UGUGCGGCGGCAGGUUUUUUCUGUCCGACUUUGCAGCCUAUAACAUUUCCGCAGGGCCCUCCCUUGCCCGCCGCCCUCCUCGACCUUCCUCAGACCCACACCAUUCCUGACUCCCCUCCCCUCACGGCGCCGCCGCCACCUCCACCCCCACCGCCACGGCGGCUGCCGGCGUCUCCCUCCGUUGGCGACCAUCGCGUGCGCCGCCGCCCUCCCGACCGCUCGGCUCCUCCUGCGCGGGCGCAUGGCCUCCUCCGCCUCCGCCGCCGCCCUCCUCGUCCUACCCUUCCCCUCCUCCUCAUCUUCCUCGGAGGACUCCGACGAGGCCAGGCUCCUCCUGCCCGUGCCGGAGGCAGCCUCCCCGCCUCCUCAGCAGCAGCGGCGGUGGCAGGGCCUGGAGCGCGACUGCAACGUGCUAAUGAAGGCGCUGACGCGCGCGGGGGACGUCGACCAGGUGGUCGACCUCUUCGCCGAGCUCAGGCACUCCGCCUCCAGGGCCGGCGUAGUGCCCAACGUGCUAUGCUACAACACGCUCCUCAACGCGCUCGCGGAGGCCGGCCGCGAGGGGGAGGCCCGCAAAGCUUUCGACGAAAUGCUCGCGGCGGGCGUGUUGCCCAACGCGUCGUCCCUCAACAUCCUCGUCAAGCUGUACGCGUGGUGGGCAGUGGAGUUCGACACCGCGUACGAGUUGAUCUUCCGGUUGCGGGGUUUCGGGGUGGAGGCCGACGUCGGUACCUACUCCACGCUCAUCACGGGAUUGUGCCGGGCCGGGAGGCUCGAUGAGGCGUGGGGCGUGAUCGACUUGAUGCUGGAGGAAGGUUGCCUCCCUUUGGUGCACACUUACACGCCCAUCGUGCAGGGGUAUUGCCGAGAAGGCCGUAUUGAGGAGGCCAAGAAGCUGAUAGCCGGGAUGGAGUGUUUCGGUUGUCCUCCCAAUGUUGUCACUUACAAUGUUCUGAUCAGGGCAUUGUGCGACGACGCCAGAUUUGAUGAAGUCAGGGAAAUUUUAGCGGAGAGUACAACCAAGGGGUGGAAGCCCAGUACAGUCACCUACAAUACAUAUAUGAACGGUCUCUUCAAGAAAGGCAUGGCCAAGGAAGCGCUUCAGCAGUUGGAUGUCAUGCUAGGUGAAGAGUUGGAUCCCACGGCUUUUACUUUGAGUAUUAUUCUAAAUUGCCUUUGCCAUAACUCGAUGGUUUCAGAGGCCAUUUCCUUAUUAGAGAGGAGCACAGCGUUGAAUUGGUGUGCUGGUGUUGUUGCAUACAACACUGUGAUGAGCAGGCUAUGUGACAUGGGCAGAUGGUUGGGUGUUCUGAAGCUCGUGACAGACAUGAUCAAGAAAGGUAUCAUUCCAAACACGCGUACGUUCAACAUUUUGAUUCAUAGUCUUUGCAUUGGGGGAAAGUCUUCCAUAGCUAAGAGUCUAGUCUGUAAUCAAGGGUUUGCUGCAAAUGUUGUGACAUACAAUACACUCAUUCAUUGGUUCUACUACUGGGGAAAACAUAGCGAGGUGAAGCACCUGAUUGCGGACAUGGAUGCAGCGAAGAUUACUCCAGAUGAUGUCACCUUUACCAUAAGUGUUGAUGGAUUAUGUAGAGAAGGAAAUUUUGACAAGGCUACUCGUUGUUUCCUAACAUCUCUCGGGAAUGGAUUCUCAAGGGAUCUUCUUACUGUCCUUAUAAACAGGCUUGUUCACAGUGAUAGAAUCGGGGAGAUCCUUCGCAUAUUCAGAGGGAUGAAAGAAAAAGGAAAAGGUUUUCCCCCUGAUUACAGUAUAUUCGACUAUACAAUAAGAUCAUGCUGUAGGGUUGGCUUUUGUCACUACAGAACAAAUUUUAAACUGGACAUUAUUCUGAAUACCAUGUUGGGACUUGGGGAGGAAGUAAACUCAGCCCAUAAGGGUCAAGGAAAUAGAUAAAUGAUUGCAGGCAAGAUUACAGCAGCUUGCAAUCAGCAAGCUGUGGCAGAGAUGUGAUCUAUGCGGUGUAACUUGCCAUCAACACUCCAGUGCACCAGUCUUUUGUGAGUGCAGUCUGGCUGGACAUGGUCAACAGGACAGGAUCAAGCUGAAUACUUGUAUGCAGCGGGAUCAUAUGAUUAAGUUGGGUGAAGUGUUUAGGUUGCUGUGUGCAUUCUUUACUACCCGCAGAAGACAGAAUGCACAGUACAAGGUGUUGGAUUCGCUCUAGUUUCAUUGAGAUAUUCGAAGAAGCUGAAGAAGAGUGACAGUCAAACUGCCAUUGUUCUAAAUGAUUGCAAGCUUCACCAAGCCAGUUUGAGCCUGGACCGAGCCCGAGCCGAGCUACCUUUCUAGCUCGUUUCAUUUACCGAGCCGAGCCUGCCUCAGCUCGUCAUUCUGCGAGCUCGAGCGAGCCGAGUCGAGCCCGGCUUGUCUCGGCUCGUUUCCACCCCUACUCCCAAAGGAGCAAUUCUGAUGGUGUUAACUCCCAAACAUUUGGUACUGAUGGUGUUAACUCCCAAACGAGCAAUGGUGGUGGUGAUGACUCCAAUGACGACGCUAUUGGUACUGCACGGGCCAGCGAGGAUCCUCCAAAAAGAGGGAGAGGGUAGAAAUCUAGGACACAAUUGAGAUUACCUCCACAUGAUGGGAAGGUUCAGCUAAAGCCUAAAGGUUUCUUGGAACAUAAAUUUGGUUCUGGUAAGGCUGGCAUUUUAAACACAUAUAUUGUAAUGAAACUUGGAAUGAAAAAUGUGGACAAGAGUGAAAAAGCGCUCCAAUCCACAGCUAGAAGCACAAAAACACUUGGUAUAUUCUUCAUCCUUAGCAUUCUUUGAGAUGAACUUGUUUCAGUCUUUGUAGUUUCGAAAUUUUGUUUUAGGAUGAUUACUAGCAGGAGCAAAAUUAGAUGAGAAUUCACAAGAAUUGGAUGGAAAAGUGUUGUACUCCAUAGGAGGUGGCAUGCCCCAUGACCGUGUACCAAUUGCCAAUGGUUCUGUAGAUAAGGCAGAUGUUCUAGCAGCUGCAAAAUCCAAGAAUGUCCACCCAACCAGCACUGCUUCUUAUCGAAGUGUGGUCGAAGAAAAUGAGCAACUGAAGGAGACAAAUGAGAUCCUCAUUGAAGAAAAUAGUGUUAACCGUGAGCUGAUCUUGAUCCAAAUAACUACCCAGAUGACGUGCACGGGCAAUGGCAAUGCACGGGCAAUGGCAAUAACCCGGACUAUGAUGAUGGUGGCGAUGAGGGCUGCGAUGGCAUGCAUAGUAAUGAGGGUUGCGAUGGCAUGGAUGGUGAAGACAAUGGUAGCAGAGAAGAGCUCGGCAUGGCUAACGAUGACUGUGGCACAGAUGCACCUGAAUCAUGUCAACACCAAUUGAUGUCAGGGGAGUGCGUGGAAGCACAUGUAUCUGAUGCUUGUGGCCUCUUUUGGUUCAAACCGAACAGAAGGCCUUGCAGCUCAAGCUUUUUUUUAAUUUAUUUUGAUAGUAUUACUGUAGGUUCUCAUUAUCAAUAGAUAAUGAUAGCCUAUCAUUGAUGUCUCGGUUCCUGCAUCCAGUGCAUUCAUACUAUCACCCAUGUCUCAA